UUUUGGUUUUGGAUGCUGCGCGAUCGGCGCGAUCACCAACACCAUCGCGUACGCAUGCUUGCUUGCGUUUUCGCCGAGCGAGACGGUCUCGUUGUUCUCGCGUAUGCAUUCACCGUCGUCGUCGUCGCAACAAGUACCUUGAAUGUAAACAAAGUAGCCAGUGGUUUAGUGCUAUUUUCUCCAUUUUCGUCGCUUCCCAACGAAAGUGCUGUCAUAUACAGUCGCCUUCUUCGCACUGGAAGGCACGAUGGAUUCCGGACUCGGUAAUUCUUCGGUUGAAGAUGUUGCCACGGUUGAAGGUGCUGCCGCUGCUAUCCCCGUCGAUCCGGAGCACCCAGACGAGGCCGACCAACAACAAGAACACCAGAGGCUGUCAGCAGAGGGGGGAGAUUGUGUAAGAUGCGGCGAAACUCGGGCACUGGAUGUCGGCCUGGUGGAACAACUAAAUCUGUUGCUGGAGGGACGCCUUCGGAUAGCGGAGGAGCAUGGAAAUGAAAGUGACUUCAAGAUAAAACUCUAUGAGGACUGGGUCAAGCAGCUAAGGUUGUUCAACCUGGAUUUGGUAGCGACUAUCAACGAACUGCAAGAAACGUGUAAAGAUCGUAUUGUUUUGAUGAGGGCAAUGUACAAGAAAAAUUUGGCACGACUUGGACCACAAGCGCUACAACGAAUAGAAAACGAUAGGGACAGCCUUGUGGAGGUAAUACGAAGAGCAAGCACCACCGGAAGGUGGGAUAUGAGCGGUAUUAAACUUAAUGACAUUAGCUUGGAUCAACUUUUUGGCGAAAAGGCUGUAACUGGCGACUCGGUUCCAAAUGAUGGUGCCGCUACAAAUGGGCCUACGAUUUCCGUAAAUUUGGAAGUGUCUUCCAAUUGUCAGCUUGAAAACCCUCAGAUCGAAGAUUUGCAGAAACAACUCGAGGCAAAAGAAAGACAAAUAAAGUAUCUAGAAAAGAUACUGCAACAACAAAUACCAAAUAUUAGUAGAGAUUCGGAUGAAACUGAUUUGGACUUCCGUUCAGGAUCAAUGGACCCACCAUUGCUUCAAGAACUAAAGCAAACAAUAGAACAAAAGAAUCAAGAAUUACGUAACCAGUCAAGUCAAAUACAUGAUCUGCGUGAGGAAAACAAAAGCCUUAGAAGUAAAAUUGAAGAAAUGGACCUUUCAUCGCAGUUUGAUUCUGAUAUGUCGGUAUCGAUGAUCGAGUUCAAAGCGGAAGACACGGAUACAAUGAAUAGUAAACUAAUGCAGCUACUGCAAAAUCAGUCACGCUUGAAAUCCGAGCAACUAGAAACCCUUGCCAGACAGAAUGAAGAGCUUCGUAAGGAAAUCGGUGACCUGAAAGGCAAAUUCAAACAACAGUCAAACCGCGAUAACGAGUCACUGAUCAAUGAAAUUAAAGACCAUUAUGACAGAAAUUGUCAGCUGCAGAAAAAGCUCAAUGACGCUGAGCGGUUACUGCGGGAGGCCAACUCCGCGGUAACCCAUCGGAAGAAAGUGAUUCAUGCUCUAAGACAGGACAAUGUCGAGUUAAAGAAGUCCCUCACAAUACCAUCGAACCCAGCACUGCCUCGAUCGGUUUCGAAUCCCAACAUGGAUUCCGUAUCGAUAUGUUCAUCCGAGUCAAGUACCUCAUUCGGAAGUGCAAAUUCUGACUCAUCAUCAUCGACCGUACUGUUACCUUCAAGUUAUUUCGAAUCGAAGGAUAUGGAUCAAAUGGUAAAAGGCCUUCAAGCAGAAUUUCAGGAAACCAAACAAGCUCAGGAGGACAUAAUUGCCGAGCAGCGCGCCCGGUUGGAAGCAAGUGAUGCUGAAUUGAAAGUUUUGCGCAAGGAUUACGAGAACAACGAGCGUAAGUUGUUCCAUAUCCGAACGGAGAUGAGAAGACUGCUUGCCGAAGUGAAUGAACACUUCAAAAAUCAAAUAACACUACCACGCAGCAUAGAGGAAUUUCUUUCCCAACCUGAUGUACAAGAUGUCAAACACGUCAUUGAUUUGCUUAAGCAAUACCUGGAUCUUAUCAUGAAAAGGCACAUCGCUGUUACGAAGGAUCGUCAAGAAUUGUGUCAGGCAGUCGAUGAUGCAAAACGGAAAUUUAUUGAUCUACAGCACGAAAAAGAACAGUGUGAGUAUCGCAACGAGAUACUCAUGUGCGAGAUUAGUGCGAUAAACAAUCAGGCAUCCAUCGAUACCGACGAGAAAGAGACUUCCAUCGACUCCGACAUCCUCUCAGUGGACAAUGACAUUAUACAGGCCAAUGAGACCCUUACUGCCCAACGGAUACGAAUGCGAACUGUUCUGCGUGAUAUUUCAGCGGAAAUUGCUUCUCUGAUAGGAAAGAAUCUGUCAAACGAUUCCAUAAGUUCGCUGUCGGAGCUCGAUGCCACUCCGUUGCACUUUUUAAUCACCGAUUUGAAGAAGGAGAUCGAGUCCAAGGAUAAGGUUCUGAGUGAAGAUAAGCGUUACAUUAGCCGGUUGGAGCAAGAUGUGCGAUCGCACCUGAAAGACUUGCAUCGGCUAAAGCUGUGCCAGGAAACGAUGGACAGCGAUCGGAUGAGUUAUGAGAAAAGUAUAACCAAUUUGCAACGGGCCUUGCACGAUCACGAUGAAACGAUUUCGGCACUCAAACAGCACAAUGUUGAACUCCAACACCAUAUGGAAGAUUUGGAAGACACUCUGCAGAAAUACAAGGAGAGUAUUCGGCGGUUAGGUGACGAAAAGGCAAGCUUAGAGGAAGAGUGUAAAAAUCAACUGAUAUCCAUCUCUAAUCUUCGUACGGCCCCGGGGGGAAAGAAACGGAACGGCAGCUCUUCUGUAGCCAACUUACAGGAAGUUAUUGAGUCAUUAGAAUCGGAGGUAGCGUUACUUGGAGAACAACUAAACCAGUCGUUUCGUGACAAUCUUAACAAGGACAACGAUUUAGACCAAUACCGUGACUCCAAUCUGCAUCUGCGUUGUCAAAUAACUGAGCUGACGCGCGAUUUGAACGAUUUGAAGGAUAUCGCUAUGCUGGUUGACGUGAAAAGGGAGCUAGAGGGGCAAAAACAGCGGCACCUGACGCAGAUCAAAAAUGAAAUGAACAACAUGCAGUCGCAGAUGGCAGAGCUGAAGAAGGAGAUCGAUUCUCGGCAGCGCGACUGCAGCUAUUACACCUUCUUCCGGCAUAAGUGUGCGGAACUGGAAAUGGAACACCAACAGGAACUUCAACGGAUGCGUAGCGACAUCGAGGCGCUGAGUGCUCAGCUGAUGGACGACAAAGAAGCUAGCAUACAGCAUGACCAAUUAGUGCGGGAAUCAAAUAACUUGCAGAACACAAUUCUGGAACUGAGUAAUCAGAAUGAAAUGCUACAAAAAGAAGUUCAGUCCUAUCAAAAUGAAGUGGAAAACCUGCAGCAAGAAUAUAGUACAUCAAAAUUUCAGUUCACAAACUUGAACCAAGAGUUGGAAAAUUUGAAAGCAUUGUGUAGUGAGAAAGAUAGUAAAAUUAUAAGUUUAAACUCGGAGCGUGAUAAGUUACAAGGUGAUCUAAAUUUACAUAAACGGAUGUGCAAAUGCGGCUUCAAUACAAAUGUAAAAGAACGGUCGAAGACACCGGUAUCACAUUCACUGCAGAAGCAAGUUGUGCAGAAGACACUGGAAGCAACGAAAGCGUCGGAUGCGUUGAAACAACGGACUGCGGACUUUAAAAGGUUAGAGAACCAGUACGUCGAGGAGAGAAUACGGCUUACCCAACAGACGACGGAACUAUUUACUCAGAUUGGAAAACUGACAGGCAGAAACUCAAACUUAGAGCAAAGUCUAUCUUACAAGGAAGAACAGAUUGAGCGUUUACAACAGAAUGUUCAGGAAAUCAGAAGUCGUCUAACAGCCAAAUCUGAAAUUGCCCAAACCAUGGAGGCCAAAAAUGCUAGUCUAUCUCAAGCGUGGGAAAAAUACCGAGAAGAUGCCACCGCCCGUGAGAAGAAGCUUAUUGAUGAAUUGAACAGCAUCAAACGUGACUCCCUGAAUCAGCAGACGCAACUUCAGCAGUGCGAACACCAGUUGGCUUGGCAUCGCGAAGAACUGGAUAAACUUCGAGAUAAAGCCGACUCUUUGCUCAAAGAAAGGGACACAUUAAGGCAGCAAACGGAAGAAAUGAGUAAUAAGCUCUCCUGUUCGGCUGGUGAAAAAAGUGCCUCGUGCGAGGUUAUAAAACAGCUUCUGGAAGAGGUAUCAUUCAAAAAAGGACGACUGGCGGAAAUCGAAGACAAUUAUCGUAAGCUAAGCCACGCGUAUCAAAACAUGAAAACCUACAAUGAAGAUCUUACCAAGCAGUACCAAACAGCGCGGAACCAUUUGGAAAACUACAAAGAGCUGGUAGAAUUCAAGCGUCAAACCAUCAAUACGUUGAAGUUGGCGCGAAAAUGCGCCGAAGAAUCACGUCAGCGGGAACGGGACUACGAGCAGAAGGUAGCGGAUCAGAAACGAAUCAUUGCGCAGCUGAAGGAGGACCGCGUGAAGCUGAUGGAAAAGAUGCAGGAGUACCACCGGGAUUCGUUGAUUUUAAAUCGACGGUUGGAAGACUACCAGCAUACGUAUGAGGAUAAUCGAAGAAACUUGAGUACAUCACUGCAUCAAACGUUUUACCCAUCGGAGGUGAACAAACUGGUUCGAUCCAGUAGUGACCCCAAUUGUAAAGAGAGCGACGAGCUACUUCGAAGGUUACAGUAUACCAAGGAUCGAAUCCAUCGAACUAGAGAGUUUUGGUAUCGAGGGAUCAAAGAAAUUUUGCCACCACGGGAUGAAUCGUAAAGAAUCUUUCGGCAGAAUUUCAAAAAUGCAUUUGUAUAGACCUAGUUCAAGUCGAUUUUUCGAUAUAUUUCCGUACAAUUUGUAUUAUAUUUUGAUAUGUUAUUCUGUAUUUUAUAUUGUAAAAAGGCUGUUUUCCUUA